AUGGCAUUACUUUCGGACAACAAUUAUUAUUUGAAAAAGUUAAUAUUUGCUUCAAAUUUAAUCUACAUUUCCAGGAUCUUAAAUUAUUUUAAAGAUGCUUAUUUUUAUUACGAUAAUAUGAUAGAACAAGGUUACAAAUCCUUAAUAGUGAUUUUUAUUCACGGCAUUUGUAGUGAUAUUUGGUGGGGAGGACUUGUUGGGGACUCACAAUUUCGAAGAAUUUAUUUACUUAUUAAAUAUGGUGGAAAACAAGAUAGCGAAAAAACAAAACUUAGAGUGAUACAUAAUAGUCGAGUAGGAAAAUUAAUCAAAUUUGAAGACGUUAUUAAAUCCGAGUAUAAUUUUAAAGAUGAACCAAAAAAAAAAGUUUACGAGGAGGAUUAG